CAGCCGAGCGGAUCUUUACUCUCGUGGUUUUAUUUUCCUCCAUCCAGCCCGCGGACACACACACACACAUACAUAUACGCACACACACAAUCACACACACCUCUCUCCGUGAAGCCGCGUUUCUCUGCGGAGCCUGUUGAAUUUUUACUCCUCCAGUGUCUGUUUCCUGUGGACCCGUUUGGAUUUACGCACUUAUUAUUCCGUGGAGCUCCGGAGCUUUCUGUGCUGGACGCUCCGUGCCGACACGCCAUGGCGCGUUUGUUAGUGUCGUGUCUCCUGCUGUUUGUAUCAGCGCAGACGGCCCUCACCUCCGGGGUCUUCGAGCUGAAGAUCGACUCCUUCACCAGCUCCCGCGGCGUCUGUCGCUACCAGUCCCGGGACUGCCAGAUAUUUUUCCGCGUGUGCCUCAAGCACUCGCAGGACGUUAUCAACCCGGAGCCGCCGUGCACGUACGGCACCGCGCUCACAGAGAUCUUCGGCGCCGACUCCAACUCCAUCUCCGGGAGCGCGCCCAUCAGGGUGCCCUUUCACUUCAAGUGGCCGGGGACCUUCUCUCUGAUCAUUGAAGCCUGGAAUGCGGAGUCUUCAGGACUCGAGUCCACAGAGAACCAAAACAACCUCAUCAGCCGGCUGGCGACCCGCCGCAGGCUGACCGUCGGGGAGGAGUGGUCCCAGGACGUGCACUUUGGCAACCAGAGCGAGCUGCGUUACUCCUACCACGUAGUGUGCACUGAGCACUACCACGGUGAGGCCUGCUCCGCCUACUGCCGGCCCCGCAACGACACCUUUGGCCACUACACCUGCGAUGACGACGGGAGCCGCCGCUGCCUGGAGGGCUGGAGGGGCGAGUACUGCUCUGACCCCAUCUGUGCAGCGGGGUGCAGCGAGGGGCAUGGCUUCUGCGAGUCUCCGGGGGAGUGUGUGUGCCGGCAGGGCUGGCAGGGCGCGCGCUGCGACGAGUGCGCCCGACACCCCGGCUGCCUUCACGGGACCUGCCAGCAGCCCUGGCAGUGCAACUGCAAGGAGGGAUGGGGAGGCCUGUACUGUGACCAAGACCUGAACUACUGCACCAACCACAAGCCGUGCCAGAACGAAGCUUCAUGCACCAACACCGGUCAGGGCAGCUACACCUGCACCUGCCGGCCCGGGUUUACGGGCAACAACUGCGAGAUCGAGACCAACGAGUGCGACAGCAACCCCUGCAAGAACGGCGGCAGCUGCAAAGAUAUGGAGAACGAUUAUUCGUGUGAGUGCCCUCAAGGCUUCUACGGGAAGAACUGUGAGAUCAGUGCCAUGACGUGUGCAGACGGACCUUGUUUUAACGGAGGAACCUGUGUGGAGAACGUCUCCGGCGGGUACAGCUGCCACUGUCCGUCUGGGUACACGGGCUCUAACUGCGAGAAGAGGAUUGACAGAUGCAGCAGCAAUCCCUGCGCUAACGGUGCUCAGUGUUUGGACCUCGGUAAGCGUGUCAUGUGCCGCUGUCGGCCCGGCUUCACCGGCUCUCACUGCGAGACCAACAUUGACGACUGCGCCGGCAACCCCUGCCGCAACGCUGGCACCUGUGUGGAUGGCAUCAAUGACUUCACCUGCACUUGCACACUUGGCUUCACCAGUAAGGACUGCUCCGUGCGCACCAGCCCCUGCGACCAGUUCCCCUGUGAUAACGGUGGCACGUGUUACACUCACUUUACUGGCCCCGUGUGCCAGUGUCCGCCAGGCUUCAUGGGCGCACGCUGUGAGUACUCACUCCCUCACCCUGUCACAGGGCCGACUGCAAAACCGCCCGGGAGUGGCGACGUCCCUCCUGCGCUUAUUGCUGCCAUCGCCCUUGGCCUGGUGACGCUGACUCUGCUGAUCUUAGCUGCCAUCCACAUUCUGCGCCAGCUCCGCCGGGGCAGGGAGCUAGCGGCUAUGACCACAGCCGUGAAGAACGACCUGGAGACCGUGAACAACCGCAACGCGGUAAUCGGUGGGGGUGGACCCUAUAAUGGGAGCUUACCUGGAGCUCCAUUGGGUAGCCUGAGAGAGAAGGAGGCCUUUCUCAUCCCGCGAGGACAACUUAAAGUGUCCAAUAAGGACGCGGCGUUGGUGGAGAACGGUGGCGACAACAUGUCCAUAUUUAAAAACAAAAUGGCGGACUGUAACCUGGCAAAAGAUGAGCAGCGCCUGGCCAAGAGCAAGUUUGAUGUUAAGAAGUGUGAUUCGUCCAUCAUCGUCCCUCCUCUAAGUUUUGCAAAAGACAGUCUGUAUCACCCAGUGUUCAUCAUCCCAGAGCAGAUAGAGCAGUGUGUGUUUGCUACUGAGGUAUAACCUCCAGUUUUCAGACCGCCAGCGGAGGAACUUUUACACUGCAGGCCUGGAAUAUUUUCUGUCCAGGACAGUUCCCCCAGAGGAUCUAUCCAACACACAUUAUUUUAUUUAAUAUUUAUUACUGCUGCUCAAUGGAAAGAAACAAAAAAAGAAAGGACUUGUUUUUUAAUCCUUUUCUGCUUCGACAUUGACAAUAUUUGGAUGACAAUGAUUCAGCGGAGGAGAGAAAAGAGGAAAGAGUGAAUGUCCGGCAUCAUUUGCACUAUUUAUCUUUUUUUAUACCUUAAAUCCUAAUAUAAUAUUCCUGUCUGUAUAUCUGAAUUUUCUUUGGAUCAAACGUGAAUGAGAGGAUGUAAAGAAUCUGAAUCGUCCGCCAAUCAGAGAGACCGGUGCCUUUGCUAUGCUCCCUAAUCACCGUGGCAACCGUUUCCUGUACAAUCUCACAUGAUGUCAAUCAAAUCAUCAGAGGACCUGCUUACAGGAAUGGGAGACAGAAAGUUUUAUUUUGAGGUCAGACAACCUUAAACUUUUCCUGUCUGAAAGCUGAACUGGACAGUUUGUGACUCCGUCCAAUUUAUUUUAUUUUAUUAUUUUUAUUGUGUUUGAACGUGAAGCUUCACAUUGUGGCCUGUUAGAAGGAGGACUACAGCAGCCUUACAAUCACAUCCUACAAUCUCUGAAGUGCCUCUCAUUGUGAAAAACUGCAACAAAUCCUGUUUUAACAAUCCCAGUAAACCCAUUAAAAUCCACUGGAGCCUUUUCGACAUCCAUCGUAACACUGUUCCAGUCCAAGCCUUAAAUCUAAGUCUAAAUGAUGUGUCAGGUGAAUCGGGGAGAAUUUGUACCUCUUAAUAACCAGCUGUUUUCUACAUUUUCACCUCAUGAACAGAUAAUCCAACUUCUGACAAUAAUAAAACAGAAAAGUGGAGCAUGUCAGGCUGGAUGAAGGUCCAGCCAAGCUGGAUUCAUCUUAUAAAUCAAAUCAGUUUUUCCAUUUGUCUUCCUGUUUCGAAGUAUAUGUUACUAUGAAUCAAAACUAAACUUGCUGCCUUUUCUCUUUCGUGCUGCCUUCAUCGACCACUGCUGUCACAGCGAGUAAACAGGAGAAUAAUAAAGACACCUGCUGUUGUUCUGCAACGUUCCCAAGACUCAAGCUGACGUGUUGAACGUCUGAACAGUCACAACUGAGGGUGUUUUAUUUUUACACUAAAAAAAGGAACUUUUACAUCAGUGAAGGACUCCAAAGAGAGUUUGUUUUUGUAACUUCUUAUUUUUUUUAGCUAAUCCAUUUGAUACCAAAAAUACGUGUUGUUCCUGUUAAGUCGUGUCUUUGUACUAUCUUCCUUAAUUUAAGAAAACAAUGCAAUGUGUACAGAUCCUCAAGAAGAUAGUUUUCCUAUUUAAUUUUGCUCUCUGUAAAUAAUUUUGUAUUUAUGAAAGAGAACUGUAUAUAUGUCUAUGUUAAUGUGCCUAAUGUCUCAGUCCGAAUCAAGAAAUAUAUUUUUUCAUAAAUAAAUUAGAAAAAAUAAUAUUAA